AUGAAGAGAGGCUUUCUCCGGGGGGAGAAUUCCGUUUAUUGCAAUCCAACGGGGAAAACAAUAAUCCGAAGGGAACCAGGCGGGCCGCGCCGGCAUUCGCUGGAGCCGCGCGAACAGGCGGAGCAGCACGCGCUGGAGCCGGCCAGAGGAAGCAUGGAGCAGCUUGGGCGGGCAGCAGCGCGCGCUGGUGCCAGCCAGGAGAAAGGUCUGAGCGCACUGUGCGCACGGACUAAGUACGGGACAGGGGGAAACUGGGGCAGCCAAUGGGCCCACGUCCCAGAAUUUGUCUAUGAGGAUGUUGUGAGAGAAGCUGUCAGAGUCUUGGCUGAAGCUGUGAUUACAGAAAAUAAAAGCUACAGCUGGGAAGGUUUAGGAAUGAGGGAGGUUCCUAUGACAAUUGUCACAACAGAAGUCCUCAAUUUCAGCUUCAAUGCGCUCCUUUCCCUCCAGAAUUCAACUUCUCUGACCUGAAUUCUCUACUUGGACUUAAAAAACAAGACAGUCAUUCUGGCCAGAAACCUGCUCAUGUUUCUGUCUGACACAGCAUUUGCUGGCCCACGUUCCCUAGAAAUCUUAACACAGACAGGAAUAACUAGUAUAUUCUUUAUUCCAGUGACAAAUCUUGGCAACUCAGGUAUCUUCAUCUUGGGCAGCAACCACAUCUCUUCACUGCAGCUUCCUCCCAACCUUCCCAUGCGAAACCUACUCGACUUUCAAAUGAACAACAUACAAGAAAUCACAGCAGAAGACGUCCAAGCCUUGCAGAAGACCAGCAAUGUAACUCUCAUCCUUAAAGGCAAUGACAUUACACACAUUGAAUCUGGAUCUUUUCAGUCACAUUUCUACAGUUUGGACUUAGUGGGCUGUGCUGGCAUCCCUGGGGUCCUGCUGGGAAUGCAGAACUCCACAGCCCAGACCUUUUGGCUGGGAACAUUAUAUGUUGUGUAAAAUGAGCUCUACAUAAGCCCAGAUAUUUAACAAGGCCUCUGUAGUAUCUCUGUCAAGGAUCUCUGUCUGCAGUUAUGGCACUUCAGAAAUAGAAAUGCUGACACAUUUCAGAGCUUAACCAGGCUCCGAAAGUUGGCUCUAACCCAAACCCACAUCCAUGCACUGCCCCCUGUCAUCAGUGGCAUGAGCUUGCAACAGGAGAUGGUUUUCAAUGAAAACUGCUUUGAGCGCCUCUGCAACACCAGCUCUGCUGCCUUCCCCUCCCGUACCCACCUCUACAUCAAGGGUAACUCACAAGUUCUGGAGCCAGGCUCUGGCUGUCUGGGGAAACUGGCAAAGCUUCAACAUCUAGAUUUAAGUCAGAGUCACUUUCAAAGUUGAUGCUCUAGCAAAGCACUGAGAGCUCUGAGCAGACUUUGUUACCUGAAUCUGAGCCACAACAAACACCUUAAUCUCCAGAACAUACUCAUUUAGGAGAGUGCUAGCUUAGAGCUGCUGGACUUACCCUUCAUUCCUGUCUAUAUCAACACCUUACAGAGUCCUUUCCAAAAUCUGCACUCGAGCAAUCUUUCCUCGUCCCACAGUAAUACUAGCAUUCAGCAUGUCUUUCAAGGCUUGAAAAACCUCAUGUUCUUGGACCUUAGUCAAAAUAACUUUGAUUUGGGGAUCAUACCAAAGGACAAACUGUUCCAACAACUAUCCAAUUUAGAGGUGCUAAUAUUAUCAUCCUGUGAACUGACAUCAAUAGGUAACAAAGUAUUUCACAACCUCAGGAAGUUACAACAUGUUGAUCUGAGUUACAACAAAUUUACUACAUUCAGCACAGAUGUGUUUUCAAAUCUCAAGAGUAUCUAUCUUACUUGUGCCGGUAAGAGGAUCCAUGUUGUAUCAGGUGACCAGCUAGUGCCCCUAAGUGGCCACUUUAUAAUCAAUUUAAGCUACAAACUUCUGGACUACACCUGUUCUAAGAUUGAUUUAAUCACCUAGUACAAACAACAUCUGAAUAAAAUUGAAGACCCUGAAGGAACAAGGCACUCUGAACCCAAAUUGCUAGCUGUUCAGCUGGCCACCAACUCACUUUCCUGUGGGAAGGACACGUCAGGAAUCAUUGCAGUUGAUCUUGUUUUAUCUUGUAGUGCCAUCUUCAUUUGGGGUGCUAUUUCAAGCAAAGUUUACAGCAACUGUAAGUCUAGGAUGGGGACACAGAAGAUGUCUACAGCAACUGUAUUAAGUUGA